AUGGAUGAUCUAUCCACCCUCGACCUCGGCGACGUCGAUUGGGCAUUCGAUCUGCUCGCCACCGAGCCGUUCACCGCCUACUGCGAUUGGAAUGACGAUGGCGGGCCGCCCACUGGGGAUGAUCUGUUAAAUGACUCUCCCCUCCUCUCGGAAGACUGUUCCGUCCUCCUCAACGAGAUCAGUCGAGAUCUGGAGAUUGACAAGGAUCUCGCCUUCGAAUUCCCGCCCCAGUCGCCGAUUCGAAGCGGGGGAGCAGCUUCAUCGUCUUCAGGAGCUGCCGGGAGUUCCGGAAGCGGAUGGCCGAUUGCUGAUGACGGCUUCUCGUGGGAUCUGGGUUCCGCCGGCCACUCGUCCCUCUCAUCCCCAUCUGGUCUCGAUGAUUUCUUCAGCACCAACUCGACCGGCCACUCGUUUGCAAGCAGCCCCUCGAUGUCGGAAUCCGACUUCCAAUUCGGCGACCCGUUCAUCGACGGAUUCCUGAAUCAAGCGGCCACCUCCACGCAGUCGUUGCACAACUCCAUGCUCCCACCGCAACAGCCUCAGCAGGCCGACCCUCUCGUCCGGAAAACCGGAAACUCGAUCAAGCUGGAGACGUCCCCAGCCACAGCCAAUGUAUCGACAAGGCCGAGGAGACGACCGCCGGUGUCGACACGAACGGCCCUCGUCACCCCAAAACACGGAAAACCCCCCGGUCAACCACCAAGGAGAAGGGGAAGACCCGAGAAAGAUCCGAGGCGGACCAAUGGACUACAAAAUACAACAAAUAACGCCCAUCAGAAUGGGGGGAUGAUGGUACAACAAUUGCCACAACAAGGGGCCCUCGAACCGGCGCUACUAUCCAGAUACUUUAUGCAGAAUUCUGAAUCCGCAUCCCGUCAGCCCUCUUCCACGAGCUCUUCCUCCUCAUCGCCUUCUUUCCCUUCAAAAGAAGCCCCCGCUCGACAUCAGGAGAAUCAGGGGCCCAUGCUGGCCACCCAGGAGAUGAUGCAGCACAUUUCCGCCUGCCAAUGCGACGAUCAGGGGCCAAGGGCGAGAGCGAUGGCAGCAAGGAAAGGACAGAUGCUCCGAACAUCCCCCUCCAGCUCGAGCUCAUCCUCCGCCUCCUCAUCCCCCCAAUGCCACAUUCAUCCAAAGCUGGAGAACGGGCAGCCGAACGGCUCCAGCUCGUCGGCCAGCUCGGCGUCCCCGUCGACGAACCCCUUCCUCAAGAAGCCCAUACUCAUGCGUAAGCGGCUCCGCGAGUGUACGAUGGUGUGCUGGCUGUUCCGCACGCUGCUCACCGCCGAAUAUCGGGCCCUUCCGUUGAAUGGAAUCUUUGAAGUAUUCGAAGAGACGUUCACCAACCCGACAACAGCCCACGGGCGGCAUUGGCGACAGUCGAUUCGUCACUGCUUGAUGUCGAGCGCCGUGUUUGUACGCGUAUUGACGCCGAACCCCCGCAAAGACUUCCUGGUGAUGAACGAGGCUGGGUCGUGGUGGACAGUACAUCCCGAUACGGAAGCGUUGUGUGCGCGGGAGGUGUUCGCCCUUGGAGCCGGUCAUAGAUGUCCGCCACAACAGGGAGUGCCAUACAGGCUCCGCUUCGGCCGCACCGAUGAUCGCCAGCAAUUCGAGAGAAGGGGCACGGCAUUCCUCGGCGAACGCAUCUACCGUACCCCGCCGCCGCUCGCGCAGAGGAGAAUCUCGCAACACACCCAACACCAACGCCAAUACAUGGCCCAGUUUCGGAACUUCUCCAAUCUGCAGGCGAUGCGGCAGCAAAAGGCACAGCAACAACAGCAGCAGCAACAACACCAACAAGCUCCGCCCCCCAGCCAAGCCACGCCCACCCAAGGCCCCGCCCCUUUUGAUGGCGAUCAACUGGUGGUCGAUCACGAGGAGGAGGUCUUCUGC